UUGGCAGCUACAUAGAUCUACCACGGACUCACUGGUCUUCCCCUGCGUAACUUUCACAGGGUUUGAUCUUCGGGGUUGAUUGAACCACUUGCUGCAUGACGUACGCACGGGUAAAUACUUCAGCCGGAAGCUGCCACCAGCUGACUCAAGCCUCCUUGGGCCAGCAAGCCUCCUUGAUCAAGAAUCAAGCAGAGUGGUGAUUGUCUCGAGCUAUUCCCCCUCUCCAUUUCUCAUUUAUGGCGGAUGGCGGAUAAAAGCUCUCCAGAUUACAAGUCGCUCUACCUACAGGCCGAACAACGGCGCGAAGAGGCCGAAAGGCAACAAAGACAGGCCGAAGAUGAACGCAGACAGGCCGAAGAGCGACAAAGACAGGCCGAAGAUGAACGCAGACAGGAAAAAGAGAAACGAGAGGAGAAUGAACAGCGCACUCGCAGUACAACAUUUGAGGAAUAUUUACAACACUGUCACAACCUUUCCCGGCCGUUGAGAGCCGAGAUACCAUCACUCUCAACAACCGGACAAAUCCCUGCUCCCACAGGCAAAUUCUGCCCCACGCGAUUAGAAUAUUGGCUCGACUGUCCACAGCAACUCUCAGAAAUAUAUCGAUCCGUUCACAGCUAUUUUCAGCCGGACAGAAGGCAAGCACCACGUCUGUUCUCAUCUUUACUAGAAUUAGACGGAUUAGUCCGGCGCGUUGUUCGCAGACCACUGAGUAGUGAGAAAGGGCUCGAGGCCUACGAGCAGUUUGCCGUUGAAGAGCAUGUCCAUGACAUAGUUACUGAGUUAUGCAAAAUACCUGCGGCUCGAAACGAGUUCGGUCUCGGUGAUGGAAUACGGUUCGAAAACCACACAAAUAUCUUGAACGAGAACGAAGAGACCGAAGCAAGUGAAAGUCAAAUCUCAAGCGUACAACACCCACGGCCUGAUCAAUUCUGCAUCCACCGCGUCGACGGUAAUACUAACACUCUCCUCACAUCUGUCGAGUAUAAGCCACCGCAUAAGCUUCCCGUUGCCACCCUUCGCAUGGGCCUCCGACCGAUGGACUUAUGGAAAGACUUAGUCAGGUCUAAUAAAAUUCCUACAGACCCGGAAGCGAAGUUGAGAUACAAUACAGAGCGGCUUGCCUGCUCUGCUAUUGUCCAGGAAUAUCAUGUAAUGAUUCAAGAAGGCCUCGAAUAUUCCUAUGUCACAAAUGGAAUCACCCGGGUUCUACUUCGUGUACCGCAUGACAAUCCAAGCACGCUUUACUACUUUUUCUGUGAUCCGAACAGCGACAUGGAUCCAGAAGGGGAUUAUAUCACUAAUCUAUCGAAAACUUCUGUUGCAAGAGUGCUCUGUCUCUGUUUAAUGGCAUUCCACUCAUCUAUCCGUGGACAAGAGUGGAGAAACCGUGUGCACCCAGAUCUCCAUAUUUGGAGGACAAGCUUCGAUCACACACGCUCGCAGAUCCCCAAAAAGGAGUUACAGCAGAUUCCCCACUCUGAUAGCACAAACCCUGAUUUCCCGAGUCCAGAUUCUGGAUCGUCCUAUGGACUACCGUCAUCAUCCCCGCUGCCGUCUCCCUCGGAGGGCCGUCGAGUGCCUACACGAUCUCAAACCAGCUGUGCACCUUCAACAGAGAUCCGACGGCGCUCGCUGUCACCUAACUCGUCUGGAUCUGACACAAAUCAAACGGCAGGGCAUAAGCGAAGGAUCAGUCAAGUCACUUCUUCACCGUCCACUCAACGAUCAGGUCGCCUCCAGCAAAAGUCCGGGCAUGACCAAGAUGAUCAUUCCCGACGCCGCGCUGCACAAUUUUGCACACAGCGAUGCUUACUUGGCCUGCAAACCGGAAACUCUCUGGAUGAGUCUUGUCCAAACGUGAACCAUCAUCGCAAUGGCCGGAACGACCCGAGUCGGCAUCCUAUCUCAGCGGAAGAUUUGAUUAUCUCACUUAAAGGCCAAGUGGACGAAAAUAUUGAUCGUUGCAUUCCUGUUGGUGCUUGUGGCUCCUACGGCGCCCCGUUCAAACUGACUUGCACGACGUAUGGCUACACGGUUAUUGGCAAAGGCACCACUUCGGGGCUGUGGAAAGCAGUCUCCCGCGAAGCACAGGUAUAUCAGCUCCUGCGCAAGGCUCAAGGAUCUGCUGUGCCUGUCUUUUUAGGAACGAUUGACUUGGCCAAAAUAUACUUUCUACAUGGCGCUGGACAGAUCCGCCAUAUGCUGGUUAUGGGCUGGGGCGGUGAGUCCACGGCCAGGAUGGAUCUCACGUCAUAUCUUCGCCGAGAGAUUCAUAGGUCGAACAAAGAAGUCAAAGCCCUAGGCAUAGUCCAUGAAGACCUCAAACCAGACAAUGUCCUUUGGUGUGAAGAGCUCGGGCGUGCUUUGAUCAUCGACUUUCACCGUUCUUCUCUGAGACGCCGACCGGCUAAGCAGCGACAGGGAUCGGCGAAACGACGACUAUUCGUGGCGGAAACAGGGGAUGCAAAACAUCUUCGGGUUUCGUGAUAUGAAAAAUGUGGCAAGGAAUACCACGCGGCUACAAAAGAUGUCUAGACACUUCUGAGCACUGUGGGUACCCUCUUAUAGUCA